AUGUCUCUCUCACCCAGAGAUUCUACCUAUAAUGCUGGACCCCAGCUGCUCAGGGAUAUCUGGGGUCUUACAGCUGUUGCCAUUGUCAUCCUCAUUUUAAGGAUCGUCGCAAAGUUGCGAAUUAGGAAGUUUGGUGCCGAUGAUAUCCUGAUGGCUUUCGCUUUGUGCUUAGCAGUGGUCGGAUCAAUCAUGAUCACCUUGGCCAUAAAGCAGGGCUUUGGUCAAGAGUUAUCGAGCAUCAAGGCACCGAAUGUCUCCAAAAUCAUCAUGCACGACUAUCUGGCUCAAACAUUUGGCCUUGCAGGCGGAGCUUUGGGCCGAAUAUCAUUCAUUGUUUUCAUCAUCGACCUUCUCGUGCAGACGCGAUCACACAGGAUUAUUCUGUGGAUUCUGGCUGGUCUUCAAAUUGUUAUCAACUGCGUCUUUAUCAUUAUAAUAUUUGUGCAAUGCCCAGGACACACAUCAGCGAUUUGGGACCAGUCUGGAAAGGCGAAAUGCUGGGAUGUACAUGUCCAAGCUUACUACGGUUAUUUUCAAGGGGCUUUCAACUCUGCAACGGAUCUAUACCUUGCGGUGUUCUCGACAUUUAUAUUCUGGAAUCUGAAUCUCAAGCUUCGAGUAAAGCUUGGACUAGUUGCUCUACUUGGAAUGGGAAUCUUCGCAAUGAUCGCAUCCAUCAUCAAAACCGUCCAGAGCCGUGUCCUUGCAACCUCGGACAGCGAACCGACUACAGCAACUGUGCAUUAUGACCGCUGGCUAUACAUUGAAACAUACUUGGUGAUGGUAACAGCAUCAAUUCCAUGCAUCCGAUCACUCUUGCGACCCACAAAUAGCCGGAAGAUAAGCAGCAGGGAUACACAUGAACUAAGCUCCCGCUAUGCAAUCAGCACCACGCGUUCAAGAACGAGAAGGCGAGAUUCCUCCCUUGACGGAAAGAGGAUCAUUAAUGUAUCUGAAGGGGAUCUGAGCAAUGACGACGAUGUUCACAGAGGGUAUCAGCAUAAUGUGACGCCCCAUCUGGGGGAGUCUAGAGAGUCUGUGAUAAAUUGCGUGUAG